AGUGCCCCGCACAGCCUCGCCCCUCGCCCGGAGAGCGGCGGCCGCCCGAGCCCCGCGCCGCCGAAGCCCCCCAUGGCCCUCAUUAUGGAGCCCGUCAGCAAGUGGUCGCCGAGCCAGGUCGUCGACUGGAUGAAAGGUCUUGAUGACUGCCUGCAGCAAUAUAUUAAGAACUUUGAGAGAGAGAAGAUUAGUGGCGACCAACUACUACGUAUUACACAUCAAGAACUGGAAGAUCUUGGAGUCACGCGAAUUGGCCACCAGGAGCUUAUCUUGGAAGCAGUAGACUUGCUCUGCGCACUGAACUAUGGUUUGGAAACAGAAAAUCUGAAAACCCUUUCUCACAAACUAAAUGCAUCUGCCAAAAAUCUGCAGAACUUCAUCACUGGGAGGAGGAGAAGCGGUCACUAUGAUGGAAGAACCAGCCGCAAAUUACCAAAUGAUUUUCUGACAUCAGUAGUGGAUCUCAUUGGAGCAGCUAAAAGUCUGCUGGCUUGGUUGGACAGAUCACCUUUUGCUGCUGUGACAGAUUAUUCAGUAACAAGAAAUAAUGUCAUACAGCUCUGUCUGGAACUAACAACAAUAGUACAACAGGAUUGCACAGUAUAUGAAACAGAGAAUAAAAUUCUUCAUGUGUGUAAAACACUCUCUGGCGUCUGUGAUCACAUUAUUUCACUCUCUUCUGAUCCACUGGUUUCCCAGUCAGCUCACCUUGAAGUGAUCCAGCUUACAAACAUCAAGCCAAGUGAAGGGCUGGGUAUGUACAUUAAAUCAACAUAUGAUGGUCUCCAUGUAAUUACUGGAACAACAGAAAAUUCACCUGCAGAUCGGUGCAAGAAAAUCCAUGCGGGGGAUGAAGUGAUUCAAGUUAACCACCAAACUGUGGUGGGGUGGCAGUUGAAAAAUUUGGUGAAUGCACUACGAGAGGAUCCGAGUGGUGUUAUCUUAACUUUGAAAAAGCGACCUCAGAGCAUGCUUACCUCAGCACCAGCUUUACUGAAAAAUAUGAGAUGGAAGCCCCUUGCUCUGCAGCCUCUUAUUCCCAGAAGUCCUACAAGCAGUGUUGCUACACCAUCCAGCACUAUCAGCACACCUACAAAAAGAGACAGCUCUGCCCUCCAGGAUCUCUACAUACCCCCUCCUCCAUCAGAACCUUAUGUUCCCAGGGACGAAAAGGGAAAUCUCCCAUGUGAUGAUGUCGGCAGACAUAUAGUAGGCAAACCGGUUCAUACAGGAUCCGAAUCUCCAAACUCAUUCCUUGACCAGGAAUAUCGAAAGCGCUUUAAUGUCGUUGAAGAAGAUGCAGUUUUAUAUUGCUACGAGUACGACAAAGGAAGAACAAGUGGUCCUGGAAGGAGAGAGAGCACACCAACAUAUGGGAAACUAAGGCCUAUUUCUAUGCCAGUAGAAUAUAACUGGGUGGGGGAUUAUGAAGACCCCAAUAAAAUAAAAAGAGAUAGUAGGAGAGAAAAUUCAUUGCUUCGCUAUAUGAGCAAUGAGAAAAUAGGCCAAGAAGACUACAUGUUUCAAAGGAAUAGCAAAAAGGAUACUGGGAAAAAAUCGAAAAAGAAGGGAGACAAGGGUAAUAGUCCAAGUCAUUACUCAUUGUUGCCUAGUUUACAAAUGGACUCAUUGAGACAAGAUGUCAUGGGCACACCUGGACCAGAGACCACUUUGUACCACACAUUUCAGCAGUCUUCUCUACAGCAGAAAAGUAAAAAGAAGAACAAAGCUCCUAUUCCUGGUAAAAGCAAAAGACGGAUCUCUUGUAAAGAUCUUGGCCGAGGAGACUGUGAAGGCUGGCUUUGGAAGAAGAAAGAUGCCAAGAGUUAUUUCUCCCAGAAAUGGAAAAAAUAUUGGUUCGUCCUGAAAGAUACAUCUCUCUAUUGGUAUAUCAAUGAAGAGGAUGAAAAAGCAGAAGGAUUCAUCAGUCUACCUGAAUUUAAAAUUGACAGAGCUAGUGAAUGCCGAAAGAAAUAUGCAUUCAAAGCCUGCCAUCCUAAGAUCAAAAGUUUUUAUUUUGCUGCUGAACAUCUAGAUGAUAUGAACAGAUGGCUAAACAGAAUUAACAUGCUUGCUGCUGGCUAUGCAGAAAGGGAGAGGAUCAAACAAGAGCAAGAUUACUGGAGUGAGAGUGAUAAGGAGGAAGCUGACACUCCAUCGACACCCAAACAAGACAGCCCCCCACCCCCGUACGACACAUACCCACGGCCUCCUUCGAUGAGCUGCGCAAGCCCUUAUGUGGAGCCCAAGCACAGCCGGCUGUCCUCCACGGAGACCUCCCAGUCGCAGUCGUCACAUGAGGAGUUCCGCCCGGAGGCGGCGGGGAGCGCCACCGACUCGCCGGUGCGCAAGACGGCGAGCCAGAGGCGCUCCUGGCAGGACCUCAUAGAGACGCCGCUGACGAGCUCGGGACUCCACUACCUGCAGACGCUGCCACUGGAGGACUCGGUGUUCUCCGAGGCAGCCGUGGUCUCCCCCGAGCACCGGCGGCAGUCCACCUUGCCCACCCAGAAGUGCCACCUGCAAGACCACUAUGGCCCCUUCCCACUCAUGGAGGGUGAGCGGAUGCAAGGGCUGAAUGGCAACGGGGGGAAGCCCCGAAGUUUCACGCUGCCUCGGGAUAGCGGCUUCAACCACUGCUGCCAGAGCCUUUCAGUUGGUGCCGCUGAUCACCACGAAGAAGCGCAGCAGAAGGAGGUGGAGGAGGAGGAGGAGGAAGAAGAGGGCAAAGCAGCAGAAGAAAACCAGGAAGAUAAAAUUGAAACUAUAGAAGAAAAAGCAGCAAACUCCUUGCAGGAUUUGUACAGAGCCUUGGAGCAGGCCAGCCUGUCUCCUUUAGGAGACCGACGGAUUUCCACUAAGCUGGAGUAUAAGAAAUCUUUUAUAAAGAGAUGUAGCGAUCCAGUAGUCAAUGAAAAACUACACCAGCUGCGAAUUCUGAAAAGCACUUUAAAGGCCAGGGAAGGAGAAGUAGCCAUUAUCGACAAAGUUCUGGAUAAUCCAGACCUGACGUCUAGAGACUUUCAAGAAUGGAAGCAAAUGUACCUCGAUAUCUUCUGGGACAUCUGUCACAGCAGCACCCCGCGGGACUCUGUUAACGGCUCGUCCGAGGUUGAUGCACUUCUAGCCUCCUUAGCACACACGCACUCCUACAUUGAAACGCAUGUAUAA